AUAUACAGACGAGUUCUAGAAAAGCAUUUUUCAUUUUUUCCUCCAGCCGCGGAGUGCAGGUGAUCCGACAUUCUUAGUUGUUCGAGUCUGACAAUGAAGACGCUUUGCUCUGCUGUCGCUCUUCUUUUCCUUCAUCAAGUUUUCUCCACCUCAGCUAUUGUUCUGCAAAUGUACAACGCUAGCGAAUCUUGGAUGGAUUUCCGUGCUCAACUCGAGAAAGUAGAAUUCAGAGACGGACAACAGGAUUACGCUGCUGUGUGUAACGACAAUCCUGGAGCACAAAUGAAUGGUGGGUGUUGCUCGACGUCUGACUACAUUCCGAUUAAUCCAACGAAGCGCUACGAAUUCAGCAUAUACAUCAAGUCGACGUCAUUUGACACGGUAAACUCAUUUGGAUUCUACGUUUACAAUGAGACAAAAGGAAGAAUAUUAAAUCCUAACUUGAAUGAUCCAUACUUCAAAAACAGUGGCAAUGAUACAAAUGAAUGGACCAAAUGGACGGGCUACAUUCUUCCUUCUUACAUGUCUGUCUCGGACAGUGACAGCCAACCGGAUUCUCAGUUUUACGAGACAAUUAGAAAAGAUUGGAAGUGGCCACGCCAUGCUAGAUAUGUUGCUUUACGAUUUGGAUCGUGUGGUAGUCACUCAGAAACGGGCAUCGUUCGUAGAGAUGCGAUAGCUACGCCAACAUUCGAUCCUCUUGAUGGCUCUAUGACUACAGGGUACGAAGAACAUACACCACCUGCCUCUCCUAGCGGUGUUGAAAUCGCUCUUCAAAAGGAUGCAACUUCUGAUCCUGGUCAAUCUCCUACUACAACUGAAAGUAGCACUGCACCUCCCACACCACAACCUCCUACAACACCACCUUCUACAACUUCACCAGACAAGACGUGGUAUAUAGAGUUUGAAUGCAUCGAAAGUGAGACUCCACUGCAACCUGGACAUGUUGGUGUUUGGACCUUUAACAUAUCUGACUUCCAUGAAUGGGAUGCAAAACCAAACUACACUGGAAACGGAUAUGUAAACGAACAUGAUAUACAUACUCCUAUAGCCAAGAUUGUUGAGGGAAAAGGGAGAAAAUGUUAUUAUCCGUGGGGCAUUACUCAUCGUUUUGAAAUUGAUUCAAACAAAGCGUAUGAGUUCAGUGUUUGGAUCUUGAGCACACAAACUGAUCUUCACAACUUUCUUGGUUUUCGAGCUUAUGACGAAAACGAAAAGCUUCUGACCUUCCCAUUAGAUAAAAAAGGUGACGAUCUGCAGUAUUAUUCCAACCACACAAGCAAACCAUAUUUCAAGAGAAGCAACAAUGACACAACAGAGUGGACAAGAUGGAAUGGAUUUGUACUUCCAGACGGAGCUGAUGACAUUCCUCGUUACUUCAGUAAAGGACGAACGUGGGUGUGGCCACGACGUGCCAAAUAUGCGCAGUUGAGGUUUGGCACUUGCUAUGGCGACGGAAACGACCAAGGCAUCACCUAUUUCGCUCUUCCUCGAAUGGUGCAGACUGACUUCCAGCCAUAGAUGAAGUCUCUAGACUAAGUCAUGUACUUGAGCUUGAAUUUGCGAACAUGAAUGCAUGGCAAAUACGUGAACGUGCUUGUCGACUAUUACACAACUUUGUGUAUGGUUUUUGCAUAAGCAAAUGCUCAAACUUGUGUGUUUUCAAGUCUA